CCCACCAAGGAGCAUCUUCGUGUUCAUCAGUGGAUCUGCUGUAAUAAUGUCUGGAGAUUCAGUGACUCUGGGCUGCAGCAGUGACUCAAACCCUCCUGCAGAAAUCAACUGGUAUAAAGGAAAUAAAUAUUUGAAUUCUGGAAGAAUCUUCAGCAUCUCCAAGAUCAGCUCUGAUGACAGUGGAGAAUACAAGUGUAGAGCCAGAAAUAACCAUGGAGAGGAAUACUCUUUUGCUUUGAUUUUAAAUGUCCAGUGUGAGUUUUGGAUGGUUCAGUAACUGAUAUAUUGAUUCAUCUAUUGCAAUCAAAUGUGAUGCCUUAUUCAUUGAGAAUCUUAAUUAUAUCACUGUUGUUGUUUUUUUUCUGUUUCAGAUCCUCCCAGGAAUGUGUCCAUCAUAGUGUCUGUCACUGAUUCUGGUCAGCCUUUUUCUGAUCCAGUGAGUCUGAUGUGCAUCAGUGACUCAAACCCUCCUGCUCUGAACUUCAGCUGGUUUAAGGAGAAUCAAAGCUCAGCUGUUGGAUCUGGACAGAGUUUCAGUGCAGUACAGAGUGGACGCUUCUACUGUGAGGCUCACAAUCCACAUGGAGCUCAGAGAUCAGACGCCGUCACUGUCACUGUUCAUCAGCAUGCAGGGAGAAACAUCGUCAUCACAGCGACAUCUGUAGCAAUAUUAAUCAUCUUCAUCAUCGCGUCAUGUUUGCAAUUCUUUUUAAAAGGAAGAGCAGAAGAUCUGCAGGGAAAGAGUCUGCGAACUCAGACACAUAUGCAGGUCUGGAUCUACAGUCCACGACCUCUGACCUGUACAACACACUUGCUACCGUUCACCACAGACCUGCUGAAAACUCCUGCUCCACUCUUGAUCCUCAGAGCUCUUCUGAACAUCACAAUCCACCAAUCAACAGGAGGAGGCUGCAGUGAGAGGCGGAGCCAGAAAUCACCAAUCCUGAGAUGUGCGGGCGGAGCCACGGGUGACUGACAGGGAGCAUUAGUGAUGUCAACAUGUAACAGUGGUGUUGAAACUGUCUACAAAGUUAUUGGAUUGGUUUUAUGCAGAAAUAUUAGGAUAGUGAAGGAGAAAAGCAAUGUUUAGUAAUGUGACAGAAUCUGUCACAAUUUAUCAUUUUACACUAAAUAGGCUCUAUCAUACACUUGGUAAUUUGCUAGUGUCAGCCUGGCGCAGGUAUCAUUUUCCUGUUUCGCACCAUGUUGUUUAUAUAGCGAAUACAUUUGCACCCAUUUGUGCUCACAUGUCUGUGCUGGUCUGGUGGUGUAUUGAGGCUCAGUGUUGGCACAUUGCUAUUUCUUAGACAUCAACUAAAAGCUGCUCUAGAGUUAAUUACUUAAAGAGCAUGUUAUUGUUAUGCCCCUAUGCAUGUUGUAACAGUUAAAUUUUACUAUUAUUGUCUGGUUUAUUUAUUUAUCUUUCUGCAUUGUGUAUUGUUUGGCAUGUUUACAUGCAAUACUGCUUCUGACCACUGGGGGCGCUAGGUUAAUUUGCACCCUCAUAAAGAGCCACUUACCAUAGAGUAUGAUAAGGUGUUUGGUAGAGUGGACACCACAUGGAUCCCUUUCACUACCGGCAUUCACAUUCAGUCCAAUGUUUGAGAACUAUUGAAGUUAUCUCUCAAUUAAAGGACUGUUUAUAUGUUGCUAUCCGUGUGCAUCUGUUGGCUUGCUGUUCUCACUGGGAGAUGCUAAGUUUAACCAACUUCUUGGGGAGAAACAUAUUCUCACUCAACAGAGGGCAACUUGACUGCUUUCCUACACACAACGACAGUCUCUUUUCUAAGAAGUUACUGGACAUCAGAGGGAAUUAUUGCAUCAAGUGCUCUUGAUGAUAAGUGGUCUCUGACUUUUUUCAGAAAAACUGUUUAGUUUCUGACUUUGGAAUGUCUUGUUUACUUUUGUUGUGAUUGAUGUUUUGCUUGUUUAUUUGAUGAGAAAACUAUACACGUGGGUAAAAUAAAACAGUUUACACCUGCUA